UAAACCUUUCGAUAGGGUUGGUUGGUCCGAACCUUUCCUGUCUCUUUCUGCAAAAUCAUUCAACUUUACACCGAAAUUCAGACUCAUCCCAUCCCCCAACCCCACAUUCGCAGCUUCAUAGCAUCAAUCGUGAAGCUUUCCCUGGCCAUAAAUGGCGGCCCCAUACAGUAAUGUAACCCUUUGAUCUAUUACCCUGCAGUGCACCUCUCUGCUUCUGAUCAGCUCUCACUCCUUGUCCCUCUUGCUUAGCCUCCGAUGGAGAAAUCUGGGUAUGGUCGGGAUGGGAUAUUCCGAUCGCUCCGGCCGCCGCUGGUGCUCCCCAGAGAUCCCAACCUCUCGAUGGUCUCGUUCCUCUUCAAGAACUCUGCUUCUUACCCCGACAAGCCAGCCCUCAUCGACGCCGACUCCGGCGAGACCCUCACCUACUCCCAGUUCAAAGCCACCGUCGUCAAGGUCUCUCACGGACUGGUCCACCUGGGCAUCAAGAAAAACGACGUUGUCCUGAUCUUCGCCCCGAAUUCGAUCCAGUUCCCGGUCUGCUUCCUCGGAAUCACUGCCGUUGGAGCCGUCGCGACCACCUCGAACCCUCUGUACACCGCAGGUGAGCUGUCGAAGCAGGCGAAGGAUUCGAACCCGAAACUGGUCAUCACCGUCCCCGAGUUGUGGGACAGGGUGAAGGAUUUCAAUCUCCCUACAGUGUUUCUGGGCAAUAGGGAUUUCUCCCACAUUAAAUCAGGAUCAGCAAUCCUGGGUUUCCGGGACUUGAUCAACCUGUCCCGUGCAUCCUCGGACUUUCCGAUGCUCAGUGUCGGGCAGGCCGACACCGCCGCGCUCCUCUACUCCUCUGGCACGACGGGGACGAGCAAAGGCGUGGUCUUGACGCACGGGAACUUCAUCGCGGCCUCCCUAAUGAUCAACAUGGACCAAGAGCUGGCAGGGGAGACGAACAACGUGUUCCUCUGCGUCCUCCCAAUGUUCCACGUGUUCGGCCUCGCGGUCAUUUCCUACACGCAGCUAAGGGCGGGGCAUGCGAUCGUGUCGAUGGGGAAGUUCGAGUUUGAACGCGUCCUGAUGGCGGUGGAGAAGUAUCGGGUCACAAACCUGUGGAUUGUGCCCCCCAUUAUUAUUGCCCUGGCAAAGCAGAGCUUAGUGAAGAAGUACGACCUCUCCUCACUGAGCCAUAUUGGGUCAGGGGCGGCCCCGCUCGGGAAGGACGUGAUGGAGGAUUGUGCGAAGAACUUCCCUCAUGCUGCUGUCUCUCAGGGAUAUGGGAUGACAGAAACCUGUGGAAUUGUCUCAGUGGAAAAUCACAGAGUAGGCACUCGGCACACUGGUUCUGCUGGAACGCUUGUCUCAGGAGUCGAAGCUCAAAUUAUCAGCGUAGAUACGCUGAAGCCUCUUCCUCCGAAUCAAUUAGGAGAAAUAAGGGUCCGUGGGCCCAACAUGAUGCGAGGCUACUACAACAAUCCACAAGCGACCAAACUGACCAUAGACAGUAAAGGCUGGGUUCAUACGGGAGAUCUUGGCUAUUUCGAUGAGGAAGGACAAUUAUUUGUUGUCGAUCGUAUCAAAGAGCUCAUCAAGUAUAAAGGCUUUCAGAUUGCUCCUGCGGAGCUGGAAGGCCUCCUUCUAUCCCAUCCCGAGAUAUUAGAUGCUGUCGUCAUCCCAUUUCCUGAUGCUGAGGCAGGUGAGGUCCCAAUUGCCUAUGUUGUUCGGUCACCUAACAGUUCACUGACCGAAGAGGACGUGCAGAAUUUCAUUGCAAAUCAGGUUGCGCCCUUCAAAAGGUUACGAAGGGUGACAUUCAUUCAAACUGUCCCAAAGUCGGCCUCGGGGAAGAUUUUGAGAAGGGAGCUCAUAGAGAAAGUCAGGUCAAGAAUGUAGAUCAGAUUGCUUCGAGAUGGAUCGCCAUGUAUUACUUCAAUCAGCGUAGAUAGCUCAAAUCCAUAUUAAUUGGCAGAGCCAUCAGAAUUUGUUCUGCAGUUGCAUUUCACGCUACUACUUCAAGAUAUUCCUGUAAGAAUAAUCACCCGAAUAAAUGAAAAUAAUUUAUGCUUUCCUUUUAUCC